ACGUCUUACAGGGACCAGAAGUAAGGGGACAAUGCGAGUCCACGUGCACACCAAAUUCUGUUUCCUGUGUGUGCUCACCUUCCUCUUCCAUCAGUGCAACCACUGCCAUGGAGAAGAGCACGACCAUCAGCACGGCGGACAUCACCACACCGACCACAGCCACGCCCACAGCGACUUGCAGAUAUCCGAGGCCCCGUACGUUAGAGGAGCCACUUUAUCUUCAGAGUCCAAGAGUUCUCACGGGCACACUCUAGAGGAGGAGCAGCGCUUCUACAUCCAGGAGCUGUUCCGACGCUACGGCCAAAAAGACCAGCUGGAUUUCCAGGGAUUUCAGAGCCUGCUGUUUAGUUUGGGUCUGGGUGAGGUGAAGGUGGUAGAUGUGGAUCACGAGGAGCUGGGCCAUGACCAUGUAGCUCACCUUGACCUGGUAGACAUGCAGGAGGGGCUUCAUUCACACUCAUCCACCAAUGAAGGCCAGGGUCAUGGCCAUGGCCAUGGGCAUGGACACGGUCAUCCACAUCACAAGCCUGGCCACCACCAUCCACACACAGAACACGCUCCCAUAAUGUGCACCCAGCAGACCACUGCCACCAGUCCAGCUGCUGGUGCACCCACAGAACAUGACCAUAAUCAUGACCACGAUCAUGGACAUGAUGCAGAACAUAGUCACAAUCACACCAAGGUAGAGGAUACUGACCAUAAACAUUCUGGUGGACAUGUGCAGGACACACAUGAUCAUGAUCACGACCAUGAUCACGCACAUGACAAAGACCACAAACAUGAGCAGGCACAGGUGAACUCUAACAAGGACCUGUCUUCUCAGCCUAACAGGGAUCACGACCACAGUGAUCACGACCACAGCGAUCAUGGUCACGGCGAUCACGACCACAGCGAUCAUGGUCACGGCGAUCACGACCACAGUGAUCACGACCACAGCGAUCAUGGCCACGGCGAUCACGACCACAGUGAUCACGACCACAGCGAUCACGACCACAGCGAUCAGGGUCACGGCGAUCACGACCACAGUGAUCACGACCACAGCGAUCACGACCACAGCGAUCAGGGUCACGGCGAUCACGACCACAGUGAUCACGACCACAGCGAUCAGGGUCACGGCGAUCACAACCACAGUGAUCACGACCACAGCGAUCAUGGUCACGGCGAUCACGACCACAGCGAUCAUGGUCACGGCGAUCACGACCACAGUGAUCACGACCACAGCGAUCAUGGUCACGGCGAUCACGACCACAGUGAUCAUGGUCACGGCGUUCACGACCACAGUGAUCACGACCACAGCGAUCAUGGUCACGGCGAUCACGACCACAGUGAUCACGACCACAGUGAUCACAACCACAGUGAUCAUGAACAUGACCACAAUCGUGUCCCAGAAGUGGGCCAGGCAGCCACAGGAAUUCCUCCGCUCAGCCAGGAACAGAAGCCUUCUGCCCCGUCUGAGCCAUCCAAAGCCCCUCAGGUGCCACAGCCCUCUUCUGCCACCACAGUAAGUCGGCCCAAGAAGCAGAGAAAGCCGGGCAGGGUCAGAGGACAGGGAAGGCGAAACAAGACCCCUCAGUCUGAUAACCAUGGCCAUCAAUCUGAACACAACCAUGACCAUGAUCAUGGUCACAGACAUAAAGACAAGAGAGAAGCUCCAGGAGAUCCUGCCACCCCCACUUUGCAGAGCCCUGUCUUGUCUGGCCACCCAGAGGGAUCGUCUCACCAGCACGAAGAGUGUUUGAACCUGACUCAGCUCCUCACCUACUACGGCCUGAGUCCCGAGUCGCUCAUCUCCCCCAGCCAGUUCACCUACCUGUGUCCUGCCCUGCUCUACCAGAUAGACAGUCGCGUCUGCAUCCGCCAUUACCACCAGAUGGAUGUGGAGCAGGAAGCCUUGGGGCACGCCAGUUCCAUGUGGGUGUGGCUGUGGGGGUUUACAUCCAUCACCAUCAUCAGCCUGCUGUCUCUGCUUGGUGUUGUUCUCGUACCCAUCCUCAAACAAUCCUGCUUCAAGUUCCUGCUCACCUUCCUGGUGGCACUGGCAGUGGGCACGCUCAGUGGAGACGCUCUACUUCAUCUGCUGCCUCACUCUCAAGGGCAGCACGACCACAGCGUGCCCGGGAGUCAUGACACUGAUCUGGUAACGGCCUUUGAUGGAGUAUGGAAGGGCCUGACGGCGCUGGCCGGCAUCUACCUCCUCUUCAUCAUCGAACACUGCAUCGGCAUGUUUAAGCACUAUAAAGACCACGCGGCCAUGAAGAAAGCGAGCCAGGAGGGCAAGAUUGGCAGGAAGUUGUCAGAUCACAAGUUAAAUCGGCGCUCAGAUGCAGAGUGGCUGCACCUGAAGCCACUCAGUGAAGACCCCGACACCUCCGCCAUCUCCUGCGACAACGGUCACAAUGACACGCAGCGCACAGAGCUACAGACGCCCGACUCUCCCACCAACAAGACGCCGCUGGCGCCCGCAAUCCCCCAUCGAGAUCACCCGUCACCCACCAAAGAGAACGGACGCAAGAUCAAGAAGCACGGACACUCGCACGGUCACGGCCACUCGCACGGUGGGAACUGCCACUCAGAUCAGGAGAUGAAGGACGCCGGUAUAGCCAGCAUUGCCUGGAUGGUCAUCAUGGGCGACGGCAUGCAUAACUUCAGUGACGGCCUGGCUAUAGGCGCAGCGUUCAGUGCGAACCUGACAGGAGGCAUCAGCACAUCAGUGGCUGUUUUCUGCCAUGAAUUACCUCAUGAACUCGGUGACUUCGCCGUGCUGCUGAAAGCGGGGAUGUCGGUGAAGCAGGCCAUCGUCUACAAUGUGCUGUCCGCCCUCAUGGCCUACGUUGGCAUGCUGAUCGGCACGGCCGUGGGCCAGUACACACACAGUGUCACCAGCUGGAUCUUCGCCAUCACGGCUGGCAUGUUCCUCUACGUGGCCCUGGUGGAUAUGCUGCCAGAAAUGCUUCACGGGGACAGCGAGGACCACAAGCGCUGCCAGCUGGGACACUUUAUCCUGCAGAACCUGGGCAUGCUCACCGGGUUCGGCAUCAUGCUGCUCAUCGCCAUCUUUGAAGACCGCAUCGUUUUCGAUUUUGGCUUUUAGUCGUGGAGAGAGAGAGAGAGAAGGGGGGAGAGCUGGAUGUAUCAGUAUUGUUCUUCUUGGCCUUAACAUGCUUUGUUUGCAAUGUAACGGCUCAGUCUUGCAUGCAGUGUGGGUCUCGUUCAUGGCCAGUGCCUCCAUUCCAAACAUGCGGCGGUAGCUUAAUGCAUAUCUCAUGACUCUGCCAGUGGUGUUUACACUCUGCUCCUCCAUUACCUCUCCACUGUCAGCCUCAAUCUGUCAGCUCCCUGUGAAGCAAAACAACAAAAAAAAGGCCAAGUGAAGGAAGAGCGAGGCCGCACAGCGACCAGAAACAUCUCCUCCGCUCUGAAUGGCCUUUAUAAAAGUGCUGUGGCGGCGCAGGGGAGCGCGACCCCGCAGAGAGGCAGCUGCCAUGGCCCAGCAGCUCACCGCCUAUGCAUCAUCACCUGUUGUUAGCGUGUUGUCGUCUAACCCCCCCCCCCGUCUCAUAUCCACUCUGUGUUGUGUCCCAUCAUCCAUGUCUUAUACAUCUGGAGUGUGUUUUCUACCCGCCAUCCAUCAUCGGCUUCCGAUGUCAUCAUGCUGUGUAUCAAACAUCUCCGUGUCUCUCUGUGCCAAGCCCUGGCCACUGGAGCGGCUCCGCAGCAGCGACGCUCAGUUUAGCCGCCGACUACAUCUGGAAUAAACCCCUUAGCUCAUGUCGCUUCACCUUCAACAAGUGUUGACAGCCUUAAGCUGCAGUGUCAAAACAGAAAAGUGUUUCCCGACUUUGCGUUGGAGGUCGUCGAAAUGGCUCAGUGUUGAUGUUUUUUCGCUGCAACUUUCCGUUUGUCAUGUCAGAGUCGUUUUAUUGUCUAAUCUGAUGUUUGGGAUUAUUAAACCUUUGUAGUUCAUAGCUAACACAGCUGCCAAACCUUUGCAAUGAGCAUUUAAGACUUUCUUUUUAGAAACUAGUUGUUCUUUCUUUUUAACCCUUUGAAACCUGUGCAAAUUGGCUUGAUUCAUUUUUUUUUCAUUGGAAGAAUGCAAUGAGACACUUAAAGAGGAAAGAAAGAGAGUAAAGUUAUAGUGAGGAUAUAUAUGGACAAGGACAUAUAUGCUUAUUUCUUAGUCUCUUUAUCAAGGUACUUUUCUGUACCUUGAUAAAGAGACUAAGAAAUACAGAGAACAUGUAAAAUGUAUUAAAACAACAAAAAAGUCAGAACAAAAUUGCUUCUUGGGACUGAAGUCAAUAUGUAGUGUGAAACAUGGAAUCGUACAACCAUAACAAAGGUAGAUCAAACAGUCAAUACAGAGCGUUGGAUGUGUAUUGAAUGCAGCCUGGUGUAAACACACCAGAAGAAUAGUGUUGUAAAUCUCAGAUUGUCUGCCAAAAAGAGACCGAGACAUGCUGAGUGGAGAGUCACACUAAAUACUUAAAACUUUAGCGCGGUUAUGUUGUUUCAUUUCAAAGCAUUUGCAUUUUUAAAAUAUAUUUCCUGAAUGUUGUGGAUGUAUGUUAGUAAAGAGACUACUGAAAAAUAAA